AAUCGAGGAUGGCAAGCAAAGCCAACCGAACUGUCAAAGGGAAGGCAGGGAGCCAUGGAAAAGUUGAAAAUGCCCUCAAGAGUCCAAACAGUCGCCAGCCAGCAAGCAAAGCAACGCCCUUGAUCUCAAAAGAAUUGAUUUUUAUUAAAAAUUCUCCCCCUUUCUCUCUCUCUUCACUUGUUUACUUUUUCUCUCUCUCUGUUUGUCUGGGCUUUUCUUCAAUGUUUCUGCUUCUGUCACCCCAAAGUUCCUGGUUUUCCCGUUCAGAUUCCGAGAAAAUUCUCCUGGGUUCUUGUUAGUUUUUGGAAAAGACUCCAUUUCUGAUACUUGUAACAUAUUUUUCCGAUUGUACCACCUCGCCCCCAGUGUCUUGUUCCUUUAUAGUUUUCCAGCUGGGCAUGUAAGGACGCUUAAAACUCUAUAAAACAUAGAUGGGUAUAUAUCUCAGCACCCCAAAAACCGAGAAAUCCUCAGAAGAUGGCGAAAAUGACAGGGUUAGAUACGGUCUAUCAUCCAUGCAAGGAUGGCGUGCAACUAUGGAAGAUGCUCAUGCUGCAUAUCCCGAUCUGGACGCUUCUACGUCAUUCUUUGGUGUUUAUGAUGGUCAUGGAGGCAAGGUGGUUGCAAAAUUCUGUGCCAAAUAUCUUCACCGGCAGGUUCUCAAGCAUGAAGCAUAUUCAGCUGGGGACAUGGGGACAUCAGUUCAGAGAGCAUUUUUCAGAAUGGAUGAGAUGAUGCGUGGACAAAGAGGAUGGAGAGAAUUAGCCAUCUUGGGUGAUAAAAUAAACAAGUUUACUGGCAUGAUAGAAGGAUUAAUAUGGUCUCCGAGGAGUGGUGAUGGGAAUGACCAAGCUGAUGAUUGGGCCUUUGAGGAGGGCCCUCAUUCUGACUUUUCUGGACCAACUUCUGGGUGCACAGCCUGUGUUGCAAUUUUAAGAAACAACCAACUUCUUGUUGCUAAUGCUGGCGAUUCUCGUUGUGUGAUAUCUAGGAACGGUCAGGCAUACAAUCUGUCUAGAGAUCACAAACCUGAUCUUGAGGCAGAGAAAGAAAGGAUUUUAAAAGCGGGUGGUUUUAUACAUGCAGGACGUGUCAAUGGCAGUUUGAAUCUCGCCAGAGCUAUUGGUGACAUGGAAUUCAAGCAGAAUAAGUUUUUGCCUCCCGAAAAGCAAAUUGUCACUGCAAAUCCAGAUAUAAACACUGUCGAGCUCUGUGAUGAUGAUGAUUUUAUUGUUCUGGCAUGUGAUGGAAUAUGGGAUUGCAUGUCAAGUCAGACGCUAGUGGAUUUUAUUCAUGAACAACUAAAAUCAGAAAGCAAGCUUUCUGUUGUUUGUGAGAGGGUACUCGAUAGGUGUUUAGCACCAUCAACAGCCACCGGUGAGGGCUGCGACAAUAUGACCAUGAUCCUAGUGCAGUUCAAGAAACCAAUCAAGUCUGCCUCGUCUGCAGACGAGCAAUCCUCGCAUUCAAAUUCAGUUGACACUGAAUCCGAACCAGAGGCAAGUCAAGGAAAGUAG